AUGCUACAGAGACUAACCUAUUCUGAAACGAUUGAAGAAAUAUUGGAUUUUGAUAAGAAACAUAUCUGGCAUCCAUAUACAUCACUCAGUAAUCCUCUCCCUGUUUUACCAGUAAAAAGGGCAAAUAAAUCUACAAUUUACGUUGACCUGGAUGAAGGGAAAGAAUUAGCACUCAUCGAUGGAAUGUCUUCAUGGUGGUCGGUGAUUCACGGAUAUAAUAACGAAGAACUAAAUUCAGCAAUAACUCACCAAAUUGGAAAAAUGAGUCACGUAAUGUUUGGUGGGUUUACACACCAACCAGCUGUUGACUUAACUAGGAAGUUGCUUGAAUUAAUUGACCAUGAGAAACUGAUUCAUUGUUUUUUUGCUGAUUCUGGUUCUGUAGCCGUCGAAGUUGCUAUGAAGAUGGCAUUGCAAUAUACUGCUAGCAUCUCUUCAGUUGCAGACACUACUGGCUAUAAAUUUCUCACUGUCCGUAACGGUUAUCAUGGUGACACCAUUGGUGCUAUGAGUGUUUGCGAUCCUAUUAAUUCAAUGCAUUCGAUAUACAGGAAUUACCUGACGAAUAAUAUCUUCAUUGAUUCACCCCCAACGAUACCUAUUUUACCAACAUCACAACUCUCACAACAAGAUAAUGCUGUACCAACAAUAACUGUCGAUACUACGUCUUAUAUGUUGAUGUUUGAAAGCUAUUUGCGAAAAUAUGAUAAAGAAAUAGUUGCUGUAAUCCUCGAGCCCAUUGUUCAAGGUGCUGGAGGAAUGAAGUUUUGGCAUCCACAAUAUCUCAUUGAUAUCCGCAAACUAUGUACUGAAUAUGGUAAAUUAUUAAUACUAGAUGAAAUUGCAACUGGUUUUGGCAGAACGGGACAGAUAUUUGCCUUUAAACAUUGUAAAGUGUACCAGGAACAAUUAGGCAUUCCAUUAAAAAAGCAGAUUGAUGUUUACCCAGAUCUAAUGUGUGUUGGAAAGGCUCUUACAGGCGGAUACAUGACCUUGAGCGCAGUUGUUGUUUCAAACGAGGUAGAAAAAGGCCUUUCUUCUUCCAAAAGCCCGACUAACGGAACCUUCAUGCAUGGCCCAACCUUUAUGGCCAACCCUCUGGCAUGUUCAGUUGCAAAUAUGUCACUUGAGAUAAUAUUGAGAAAUGAAUGGCAGUGUCAAGUUAGAAACAUCGAGAAGCAGUUAUUUGACGAGCUGUUUAUUCCUAUAACGACAAAUAAACAUUGGAUGGGAAAGACUGUGAAGAGAGUUGCAAUCCUGGGGGCAAUCGGUGUUAUAGAAUUAUACGUCUCAAUUGAUCAAGAAUGGUUUCAACAAAAGUUCAUAAAUAUGGGAGUUAAUAUUAGGCCAUUUGGUAAACUUGUAUAUAUUAUGCCACCUUAUAUCAUAACACCAAUUGAAUUAACGACACUCACAAUGGCAAUAAUAAAUGUAUUGUCAAUGUGGGAAGAACAUGUUAGCCAAAAGUGA